GGCAAUUCCGAUCUCCGGAAAAGUGACAGCCAAUCGAGUGCAAAAAAAUAUUCCUGAAGGAAAACUCGUGAAAAUUCACAGUUUCAGUGCGAUUUUCCCACAAUGGCUAGUCUCCUGAGAACUAUCUCUCGUCAGAGCUCUGCGCAGUGGGCCCGGCAGAUUUCCUCGUCAUCUGUGAAUCGCUCUGAUGACGUUUCAAAGGCGCUGAAGUAUAAAGAAGCCCCCAAACUGGAUGCUAAUGUGGCUUUGACGAAGCCCGAUGAUCAAGCUCACAAAAUCAAGCUCGCCGGAGUCAUUGAAGUCCCGUCAAAGGUUGAUGUCAGUCCGAUCACGGGCGUGCCUGAGGAACACGUGAAGACCCGCCGCGUGAGGAUUUACGUGCCUCCGAAGAAUGCCAUGCAGAGCGGCACAAAUAACAUCCAGAACUGGGAAAUGGAGUUCGACACCCGCGAGAGAUGGGAAAAUCCGCUCAUGGGAUGGUCUUCAAGCGGUGAUCCUCUGUCCAACAUGAAGCUGCAGUUCAACUCUAAAGACGAGGCGAUUGAGCACUGCGAGAAGAAUGGCUUGCGCUGGUUUGUGGAUGGCGAGGAGCGCGAGAAGCCGAAGAGAGUGAAGAAUUACGGUAGCAAUUUCUCCUGGAACAAGCGCACGCGAGUGUCAACCAAGUAAACUGAGGAGCGGACGAUGUUGAACCAUCAUCCAUAGAUUUUUGUUUCAAAUAAAAUCAUUACUGAAAAUUA